AUGCCCGGACUAGACUACUUCAUGGAUUCAGAGCGGUCGCAGCCCACCGAGGUCCGAGAGGACACCACGAUGGCUACAGCAGUCGAAGUUGCGCCAACGGCAGACUCGGACACCUCCUCGAACGAAGAUGCCCCACACUCUCCGCAUGUCUACUACAACCCCCGCUUCGACCCCAAGAACUUCCUCGAAGGUCCCUUGUCGUGGAACCCGGCUACUCGUCUCCGGCAAAUGCUCGCUCGACCUGGAAUUGUAAUCGCUCCCGGUAUCUGCGAUGGCAUCAGUGCUCGUUGCGCUCUCGAGGCUGGCUUCGAGUGCUUGUAUCAGAGUGGUGCUGCGACGACCGCAUCACGCUUGGGCCAACCCGACCUCGCCAUCGCCACUCUCAACGACUUUGUGCAGAGCGCACAGAUGGUCUGCAGCUUGGACCCCACCGUACCUGUCAUUGCCGAUGCUGACACCGGCUUCGGUGGCCCCGCUAUGAUUGCGCGUACUGUUAACCAGUAUGCCCGUGCAGGUGUUGCCGGUCUCCACAUUGAGGACCAAGUACAGACAAAGCGCUGCGGUCAUUUGAUGGGCAAGCAGGUAGUAUCCAGGGAGGAAUUCAUCACGCGUAUCCGUGCGGCAGUAAUUGCUCGCGACUCUAUCCCUGGAGGGUCCGACUUUGUAAUUAUCGGUCGCACCGACUCAGCACAGGUGCUUGGCAUGGAGGAAGCAGUCACUAGACUGAAGCUUGCUGCGGAUGCUGGUGCCGACGUGUGCUUCAUCGAGGGCGUGCGUAACGCCGACCUUCUCAAGUCCACGGUCGAUGCCCUGGCUCCCAAACCCGUGCUCGUCAACGUCAUCUCCGGCGGUCUCACCCCUUCCUUCACAUGCAAGGAAGCUGAAGAGAUGGGUGCCAAGAUCAUCAUCUUCUCCUUGGUCUCUUGCGUCGCGGCGGUGCAUGGCAUCCGGGCUGCCAUGCAAUCUCUCAAGAAGACGGGCACAGACUUCUCAUCAGCAAGGGGCAUGGACCCGAAGGCGUUCUUCGAGGUCAUGGGCUUAAGCGAUGUCAUCCGCCUCGAUGCUCAAGCUGGCGGUAACGCCUUCGAGAUGGUGUAA